AUGGCCACAGGAGCCGCGGCCGACCUCCACUACACGGGGCUUUGCUACGAUUCUCCCGGCCAGGAUGUGAAAGUAUUCAACAAAGCCGCCACAGAGAAGGCCUGCACAUAUUACAAGAACCGUAAUACCGGCAGCAAGCAAUGGGACCAGUGCCCGGACUGCACGCUCGAAAACGACCAAAGCCUGCUCUACUACUGCAAGUCCGAGGGUCAACACAUCGGGGGUGAUGAGUUGUCCUAUUACUGUGGUCUCGCCGGAGCAGCCGGUAGUCUAGCCUGGUAA